UGCAGAAAGCUGUGAACACUGCCCAGGGGCUUUUCCAGAGGUGGACAGAGCUCUUGCAAGAUCCUUCCAUUGCCACAAGAGAAGAAAUCGACUGGACCACUAAUGAGCUCAGGAACAACCUGCGGAGCAUCGAGUGGGACCUGGAAGACUUGGAUGAAACAAUUAGCAUUGUUGAGGCAAACCCACGGAAAUUCAACCUUGAUGCAACGGAGCUGGGUAUCAGGAAAGCCUUCAUUACGAGCACGCGGCAGGUGGUCAGGGAAAUGAAGGAUCAGAUGUCAAACUCCUCCAUGCAAGCACUGGCUGAAAGAAGAAAUAGGCAGGCACUCCUGGGAGAAAGUGGGAGUCAGAGUUGGAGCACUGGAACUGACAAAUACAGCCGUCUGGACCGGGACCUGCAAUUAGCAAAUUCACACUUCAUUGAGGAGCAGCAAGCUCAACAACAGUUGAUUGUGGAGCAGCAAGAUGAGCAGUUGGAGCUGGUCUCUGGCAGCAUUGGAGUGCUGAAGAACAUGUCCCAGCGCAUUGGUGGGGAGCUGGAGGAGCAAGCAGUGAUGCUGGAUGACUUCUCCCACGAGUUAGACAGCACUCAGUCGCGGCUUGACAAUGUCAUGAAGAAGCUCGCCAAAGUGUCUCACAUGACAAGUGAUCGACGGCAGUGGUGUGCAAUUAUUAUCCUCUUCGUUAUUUUGCUGGUGGUGCUCAUCCUGUUUUUUGUCCUGUGAUGGACUGAACUUCUUCAGAUGCCCUGUCCCUGCCCCCUCACCCCAGUGUCAUGGGGAAAUGAAACUCUUGCCAAUUCCGUCCGCACACAGAGAUCCCAGCAAGAAAACCCACACUCGGCUCUCAC